AUGCCAAGACCAAAAAGAAAGGAAAGGGAACAAAGCAAUGAUGACGAAGACUACAGAGAGGUGGAAUCAGAAUAUGAAGAAGAUGAUCAAACGAUACAGAGAAAGAAGAAUUCGAAGAAGAAUUUGAAAUCAAAAAGAAAAAGACAGGAUAAAGUAGAAGAAUCAGAAACAGAAGAAGAAGAAGAAGAAGAAACAUCAGCAAAGAAGAUUGCCAAGAAGCAUUCAAAAGAAAAAGGCAAAAAACAGAAAGUAAAACAUAUGGAAGAUUCAGAGUCAGAAGAAGAAACAACACCAAAGAAGGGGGGAACAAUUUCAUGGGACUAUGUCAGAGCAUGCGAAAAUUUGGAUCAGAUUGGAUCUUAUGACUGGGCAAAGGAAGUUGGAAGCUUCCUAAAAAAGUCUAUAAAGGCUUUGAAAAAGAAGAAUUCAAAGAGCUCAUAUGGUAAUACCGGGGGCUGCGUUCUAAUAAUACUGUAUUGGUUCUGUCAAAAGACUGAAAAAAUCAAGCCAAUAUCUGGAAGGGAGAAGGAAGUGCAUGGGAUGAGAAAAUGGGACAUCCAGAGGCUAAUACAGAAUUGGACAAGCUUUAACAGCUUGAAAAAACUAACUAAAAUAUUUGAAAAACUGAAGGAGGAUAGAAAGGAAUCAGAAUCCGAGGAAGAGGAGAAUAAUUCAGAUGAAGCAAAGACAGCUUCAGAAGGAGAGGAAAAAGGAGAUGAUGAUCAGGAAGUUGAAGUGGUUGAACAGGAAACAGCUUCAGAAAAAAGCAAAUGGGAGAAACAGCUUCAGAAAAAGGAAGAGAAGAUAAGAUGUCUAACUGUGGAGAAAGAUAAUUUGCAGCAAAAACUGAAGGAAAAGGAACAGGAACUAACGAAAUUCGCGGAGGACAAAGUGGAUCUGGAGGAACGAAAUGCUACACUUGUGACGGAGAACUUUUGCCUUGCAUCAUUAGUGAAGGAGCUAGAGGAAAAAGUGAAGAAAUUGGAGCAAAUGUUGAGCCCAAAGACUCACACCUCACCGGCAGCUCAACAGCACAACUCCCCACCACCUAACUCAACAGAAGAAAAUAAUGAAUCAAAUACAACUGCAUCUAAGGCUGCUGAGAACACAGAAAAGAGAGAUCAAUCAACUGUUGAGGAAGGUCAGUCCCAAGGGAUCUUCACAGUCGAAGAAUCUGCAGCCACAGCAGCUCAAUCUCCACCUCACUGCACAGUGCAAGAAGAAACUCAAUCGACACCUCCAUCACAAAAGGACUCACUGUUCCAGACCCCCACAGUCUGCAUGCUCACAGUCGAAGAAAUGGAAAAACAACCUGACAUGUUUCAGAUAGUGAAAAGUCCUGAAGCUGCGCGUGGCUUUCCACUUCAUACGUUGAGCCUAGUGAAAGAGCAGAAGACACCAGAGGAGAACAAAAAGGGCGAGUUAACAAUGCGCCUUACAGAGCAACAUUCUGGUGAAACUGUAUCAUCAAUGGGUCUCUACUCAUAUGUCGUCAGAUUGAAGAAUAGAAAAAGAACACAGAAAAAUGACAGCAUUUACUGUGACAUGGCCAGGGACAUGUCAUUCAAAUCACAGAACAUUUAA